UGAAGCGCGGGCAAGACGCCGAGCUUCCGGUCACUCAACCUCCGGCAAGUGGGUCGUGUGGAAGCGGCGGUGGCGGUGCCAGGGGCGAGAGGGAAGUGCCUUUUGUAACACAAAUGGGUGAUGAAAAGGAAUCUUGGAAGGUGAAAACGUUAGAUGAAAUUCUUCAGGAGAAGAAACGCAGGAAGGAGCAGGAGGAGAAGGCAGAUAUAAAGCGGCUCAAAAAUUCUGAUGACCGGGACUCAAAGCGGGAUUCCCUCGAAGAAGGGGAGUUAAGAGAUCACCGUAUGGAAAUCACUAUCAGGAAUUCACCUUACAGGAGAGAAGAUUCUAUGGAUGACAGGGGAGAGGAGGACGACUCCCUGGCCAUCAAACCACCCCAGCAAAUGUCGCGCAAGGAGAAGGCCCACCACAGAAAAGACGAGAAGCGGAAAGAGAAGAGGCGCCAUCGCAGUCACUCCACAGAAGGGAAGCAUGCUAGGGUGAAAGAGAAAGAACGUGAGCAUGAACGUAGAAAAAGGCACCGUGAGGAGCAGGAUAAGGCCCGUCGCGAAUGGGAGAGGCAAAAAAGGAGGGAAUUGGCUAGGGAGCACUCGCGGAGAGAGAGGGACCGUUUGGAGCAGCUUGAGCGAAAACGGGAACGGGAGAGGAAAUUAAGGGAGCAGCAGAAGGAGCAGCGAGAGUUAAAAGAACGGGAGAGGCGAGCAGAAGAACGGAGGAAAGAACGGGAAGCCAGACGGGAGAUUUCAGGGCAUCACAGGACAAUGAGGGAAGACUACGGGGAGAAAGUCAGAAUUUGGAGCCGAAGCCCCCUACGACAACAGAGAGAAAAACUUGAACAGUCAGAAAUCAGGAAACCAGCGAGAGAGGAAAAACCAGAAGGGAAAGACCCCCUUUCAGAUCUCCAGGACGUCAGUGACAGUGAGCGAAAAACCAGCUCGGCAGAAACUUCAUCAGGGGAAUCAGGAUCAGGUUCAGAAGAGGAGGAGGAGGAAGAGGAGGAGGAGGAGGAAGAAUCCAGCAGUGAAGAGUCUGAAGAUGAAGAAGAGGAAGAGGAGGAAGAGGAGGAGGAGACAGGAAGCAAUUCAGAAGAAGUAUCUGAACAGUCAGCUGAAGAAGUGAGCGAAGACGAAAUAAGCGAAGAAGAGGAACGAGAAAACGGAGACCAUCUCCCAGUUGUUACAGAGUCAAGGUUUGACCAGGAUUCUGCAGGAAGCGAAGCCGAGGAAGAGGAAGCCGGCGAGGGAAGCCCACAGUCCAACGCCAUGACGGAAGGCGAAUAUGUUCCUUACUCACCUGUCUUCUCACCCGUAGAACUGAAACAAGAGCUUCCCAAAUAUCUCCCAGCCCUUCAGGGCUGCCGCAGCGUGGAAGAAUUUCAGUGUUUGAACCGGAUCGAGGAAGGGACUUACGGCGUGGUGUACAGAGCAAAAGACAAAAAAACAGAUGAAAUUGUGGCCCUGAAGCGGUUAAAAAUGGAGAAGGAGAAAGAAGGUUUUCCUAUUACUUCCUUAAGAGAGAUCAACACCAUCCUCAAAGCUCAGCACCCCAAUAUUGUCACUGUUAGAGAGAUUGUCGUGGGUAGCAACAUGGACAAGAUCUACAUCGUGAUGAACUACGUCGAGCACGACCUCAAAAGCUUGAUGGAAACCAUGAAGCAGCCCUUCCUGCCGGGGGAAGUGAAAACCUUGAUGAUUCAAUUGCUCCGGGGGGUGAAACAUCUCCACGACAACUGGAUUCUGCACCGAGACUUGAAAACCUCUAACCUGCUCUUGAGCCAUGCUGGGAUUUUAAAAGUUGGAGAUUUUGGGCUGGCCCGAGAAUAUGGCUCUCCCUUAAAGCCGUACACCCCGGUCGUUGUGACGUUGUGGUACCGUGCCCCCGAGCUGUUACUUGGAGCCAAGGAAUAUUCCACAGCCAUCGAUAUGUGGUCCGUGGGCUGCAUCUUUGGAGAGCUGUUAACCCAGAAGCCACUCUUCCCAGGAAAAUCCGAAAUAGACCAAAUUAACAAAGUUUUUAAAGACCUGGGAACUCCAAGUGAAAAAAUCUGGCCGGGGUAUAACGAGCUACCAGCGGUAAAGAAAAUGACGUUCACGGAGUACCCGUAUAAUAACCUUCGCAAACGGUUCGGGGCCCUCCUUUCUGAUCAAGGAUUUGAUCUCAUGAAUAAAUUCUUGACAUACUAUCCUGGGAGAAGGAUCACGGCCGAAGAUGGCUUAAAACACGAAUAUUUCCGUGAGACUCCGCUUCCCAUCGACCCCUCCAUGUUCCCAACGUGGCCAGCCAAAAGUGAACAGCAGCGAGUAAAACGCGGCACAAGCCCCCGGCCCCCAGAAGGAGGACUAGGAUACAGUCAGCUGGGUGACGACGACCUGAAAGAUACUGGUUUCCAUCUGACAACCACAAACCAAGGAGCAUCAGCUGCAGGACCUGGUUUCAGCCUGAAGUUUUAAACAGAGUGGCCGAAGACAAGAUCUUUAGAGAAGGAAGCAGAAGGAAGUGAAUUCUUGUUCUCCUUGGGGAACGUUGGCAAGCAUCAUGCUCUUUAACAGAAGGCUGAGCUGCUCUGGUUUUUUUUUUUUUUGGCGGAAUAUUCUCUGCAAGUGGGACCUGCUUCUGGGUCAAAGUAGAGAAAGAUGGAUUCCAUUCCAUGGAUUGGAAUUAAUCUGAGACACCAAGGACCCUUUUGGGAAAAACCACCACUAUCAUCACCACCACCAUCACAACAAAAUCCUAGCUAACUUCAAGAACUUUUAAAAAAGAAACCCUUGUUUCUAUUUAUGUUUUUCCCAUUCAGUUUUGUUUUUUCUUGCUUGUACAUAUGUAGAAUAAAAAGAAAAUGAUUUUUAAUUGUU